AGACGAACCAGAACUAUUCACUUUCCGGGUCAGUUUAUUAAUGGUACCUGCUUCUCAAAACAGCAAGAAUCCCGAGGCUGUGUUUAAAAUUUGAACUAAACCUUUUGUGAAAUAAAAUAAACAUCACAAGAAAAAUACCAUGUCAGACACGGAGACAAAACCCUCAAGUGGAGAUGGAGGUGAGAAGAAGGAUGGAGAGUACAUUAAACUGAAGGUGAUCGGUCAGGACAACAGCGAAAUUCACUUCAAAGUGAAGAUGACAACACAUCUAAAGAAGCUAAAGGAAUCUUACAGUCAAAGACAGGGUGUACCAAUGAACACCCUGAGGUUUCUUUUUGAAGGACAGAGAAUCUCAGACAACCAAACCCCCAAAGAGCUUGGAAUGGAAGAUGAAGAUGUCAUUGAAGUGUAUCAGGAACAGACCGGUGGACUUUAGAAUGAUUAGACUUGCUAUAUUUUUUUUCUCAUUUUGAAUUUUGUAUGUAUUUUGCUUUUGUGCUUCGCGCCAUCUGGAUCGCACACUCUAUUGGGGCUUCCAUGUGCGAGGGCACAAAGAACGACUGUGUUAGAAUGGGUAGACGAUCUGUUCUUUCUCGUUUUAAAACGCCUCGCACAAUCAUUUCUUCUCCCUCCUUUACAAUGCAGGUAACAUUGUAGUGCAGACAGCGUCAUAGCUGAAUGUCCCCUAUUGAGAGAUGGCACGCACACAAUGACUGGUUUUCUCUAGACUCUGCUACACAUGCCUCUUUCGCACCUAAAGUUGGAAUAUGCCACCUCUGAAUGCUAAAGCAUUGUUUUGAAUCUGUUUAACAAUCGCAGUUUCCUACCACUGAUUGAUAUGGUCUAAUGAUAUUUAAAAUGUUUUUAUGAUCAUGAUGUAUAUUUUUGCAUCCAGUAUUUGUGUGUAAUAACUGUCUGUCCGUGGUCAGGGUUCCCCAACUGGCAGGCCGAAUUUGGCCCGCGGGUGAUUUUAUUUGCCCGCGGGCCAAAAACAAUAUUUUUAAUUGUUGGACAUAAGACUGUAAAAACACCAGCGAACCUGCUACAAGUGAUUUUAAUUUUGGAUAUCUGUUUCAAAGAGAGAGAUGUGAUCAUAUACACAUGUAAGCAAGGCUUGAAAUUAUGUUUUAGUCAAAUAUAUCUGUUUGGGCUUCUUGGUGUCAAUUUGCAGUCUCCAAAUUAUUCGUAAUUAUGUUCUGGCACCCUGACCACCCUUUCAAGAAAAAAAAUCAGCCCGUGGCUGAAUCUAGUUGAUGAUGCCUUUCCUAGGUGUUCUUUUUAUUUCUAUUUGAAUUAUGUUCAGAUCAUUUCAAGGGGUUAAAGUUUCUGUUUAAUCUCUGGCCUCUUCUUGGAUUUAAAUGUUUCUUGUUUGUCUCUUUUUUUAAUCAAGGUAAUCUUGCUGUAUUGAACCACAACAGUAGCCACACAUAGUAAUGUCAAUGCAACAAAUGACUCCUUAUGGAGGCUUUGAUCCGGAUGGUUUGAAGCAGAUCAUUUCUUUUCUUUUUUUGAAUAAAAUGUUUAACAAAAACAGGA